AUGUCCUCGUCGAAUAUCCGGGUAUUCGUACAAUGGAAGGACUCGAUCGUGUUCGCCGGCGAAGACGUCCAGUGCACCAUCACCUUCAAGAAUGUCGCAAAUCCUGAGGGUCGCGAUCCGUCGCCGCUGCGCAGACACGGAUUUGCGCCCGGCGGCGAGCGACAGCGCAAACUGCCCCCUGUCCAUUCCUCGACACGCCCGUCGAUAUCGCGCAACUCGUCCUUCGUCUCCCAGGCCGCCGGCUCCCCCCAUCUGCGCGGCCACCGCCCCGCCCCGUCGCUCCAUGCCGCCUCCGUUGCUGGCGACGCGCGAUCGCCCAUGUCGCCGGGCGGGGCAUUUGGCAGCAACGGCCGGGGCCACAAGCACGGAAGGUCCAUAUCCAUCAUAUCACUAGGCACCGACGCUGCGACCGGGGGGAGCCACCACGGUAGCACCACGCCGACACGCCCAAGCCGAGGGCACGGCCGGUCUGCGAGUAUGCAGGUCAUGACCAACAGGCCCUCGUCGUAUCCAGUGUUUUCUCCCGGCUUUCGCUCAGCGACACAUCCCUCGCCCCUCGCUGGCGGCGCGUCGUUUCCCCCCACCAUUCAAGAACCGUCAAACGAAUAUGCCUUCCCUGCGCGUGCGCCGCGACGGAGACCGGGCAUCGUAACCACUCCGAGCACGCCUGCGCUUCCUGCCACCGGGAGGAAGCCUUCGGGCUCCUUCUCGUCCAAUUUCAAAUUCCCAAUGGCUCAAUCGACCAAAGAACCAUCACCAGAACGAUUCGAGAAGCAUGAUACCACACACGCGCCUCCUGUCCAGUCGCCAUCUGUGCUAGGCCCACCUGUACAACUAUCGCGAGGCCGAGCGCAUUCUCCACCGCCAACGCAGACUGGCCGCCGAAAACCAACAAACCCCCAUCUCGAGACACUUUCGCCUGUCGCCCGCAUAAUAUCUGCGUCCAGCAUGGAGGGUACCCCGCGGAGUAGCGGCGAGUUCUACUCAAUGAGCAACAACUCGUCAGAGACAUUGGCUUCCGAAUACAUUUCUCAUCCCUCCGCACGAUUACUGCCAAGAGCACUUCACCUACGACAAACGAGUCAUCUGGCGCCGCCAAAGCGACAACUUCAGCCCGAGUCGCUGAUGAUGGGGUACGCCCAGAUUAUGGGAUCAUUCACCCUCGACGGCUCCUUGAUCAACCAGGCACCGUUCGAGGAAGUCAAGAGGAAGGGCGUAGUGGGUGGUCAAGGCGGCGGUGGUGUGGUGGGCGUCGAGAGACCAAAGCGUGAGAGUGGCCUGUUCGGCGCGCUAGGUUGGGGCAAUAUUGGAGAGUCUUUGGGUGGGUUGCUCGGCUCUUCUGAGCCCUCCAGCAUUCGUGAGAUGAGGAGCACAGCCAGCUCAAAGACAGUUCCACUAAUCACCACACCACAGUCGAUUCUGUUUGUGGACCUCAAGCUUGCUCCUGGCGAAAGUCGCAGCUACACAUACACCUUCACCAUGCCAAGAGGACUGCCACCAUCGCACAAAGGACGCUCGAUGAAGGUAAACUACCAUCUCACAAUCGGCACUCAGCGGGCGGGCUCGACAAAGGAGCAACAAGUGAGGCAGGUCGAUGUGCCUUUCCGGGUCUUUGGUAGCGUCAAUGGCCGUGGCGACAUACUCGGUCAUGAUCUGAUGUCUCCCUACAUAAUACUGCGCGACCAGGCCCGAACUGCGAGCAUCGACGCUGCUGCAGGAUCUCCCUCGUCUCUAACGAUGAAAAAAGGAGCUGCAGCGGAUAAACCAGGCCAGGACCCAUUCGCCGAAUUUCUCUCAUAUAUUGAUAAUCUCUUGGAACGACCGCGACUGGAAUCGAGCAUGGGGUUGUUGUCGCCUACCGAUACGAUGCCUGGACGAUCUUCAAUUGUUGAAGACCAUCAUCCCCAAACCAUGAAGGAGUCCAUCGACAUGGCUGUCCUUCGCAGCAACCUUACAGGUGCCGCCAAUCAGAGCGCCAAUCGGUUUGAGAUCGCUCGUAGUGGUCGACGGGUCGCAGUCAUAAUGCUUGCCCGUCCAGCAUAUCGACUAGGGGAGACCAUGUCGGCUGUGAUCGACUUCACUGACUCACACAUACCAUGCUACUCUGUUCGUGUAUCGCUCGAGACCUCAGAAAAGGUCGACCCAGCCAUUGCACUCCGCUCCAACGCAUCCAUCUACCGUGUUACAAAGAAGGCCCAUGCGUCCUUCUCCGAAAACGCAUUGUUUGCUCAGAAGUUGGCUUUCUCCCCUACGAUACCCCCAAACGCGACACCAGAAUUUAUUACUAGCGGCAUCAGCUUGGAGUGGAAGUUAAAAAUCGAGUUCAUCACGCCUCGUGUUACGCACGAGGAGGGGGAAGUGCAGUCGUUCGACGACUUGCUAGAGGAAAUAACCAGUGACGAUAGAGGAGUCAUACUCGCCGCUGCACAGCGCCUGCCCGCAGAGAGCUUCGAGGUGCAGGUUCCAAUCAGAGUGUACGGCGCUGUGACAGGGGCACCCGAUGCUCCUGACGAGGAGGGCCUGCCGGUGUGA